UGAACUUUUACUUUCCACAGUCGUCCAAAUAUUAUUGCGCCGAUUUCAUCCCUUCAGUCUCCUCUUCAGGAGGUAAAAUGCAGGACUUUCCACGUAUUCCUCCCCUGUUGAAGUCCUUUGGUGCCUUGGCAGUGUGUUUUGGUCUUGUUGAUAUUGUUCCAUGAUGAAGCUUCUCUUGAUUAGUUUGCAUUUUUCUGUAAAUUGCCGGACAAUAUGAUUUUGAGUGUCAACCACACACAUGACACACCAUGUGCCACCAUUCUGCGUGUAUGUGUGUGUGUGUGUGAUCGGCAUAUCCCAUAUGGCCGCAGGCGGUGCGGGGCACUGAGCUGUAAUCAAAGCGGGCACACAGGUCGAACUUUAUUAGCACCCACUCGAUAGCCGCGGCUAUCAAGGACAACCGGCAGAGCGCCGAUACGGCAGAGAGCGUGAGCGGGGAACGUCGGCGAGGUCUUGUCGGGGAGCGGAGAGCCUCCCGUGGGCCUGAGGAGGCAGCCCCAAUUGACACUUUUUUUUUCUCCAUGACCUUUUGAAUCAAGGUGUGGUGAAGGAGUUGAUGAGGUGGACAUUUGCGCUAGCUUUUCAGCCUAUUUGCAUCCAUCGACCGAAGAACCAAACGCCAUCUUGAGAACAUCUUCCUGAGCAGGACUUUUUUUUGCAGAGCCCCAAAAGAAUCCACUUUCUCAUUGGCGGUGCCACCAUGGGCAAGACGGGACAGAGUACGGUGGACUUAAACUCCCCGAGUGACAUCAAGCAAGCGGUUCCCUUUGAGCAAAUGGUGCACGCGGCGCCCCCUGCGGAUCAUGACGAGCCAAAAGAGGAGCCACCCGACCGAGGCAGCUGGAAAGGCAAGUUUGACUUCCUCCUGUCGUGCAUCGGGUACGCCAUCGGCUUGGGGAAUGUCUGGAGGUUCCCGUAUUUGUGCGGCAAGAAUGGCGGAGGUGCUUUCUUGAUCCCGUACUUUUUGACGCUGGUGUUUGCCGGGAUUCCACUCUUCUUACUGGAGACGUCUCUCGGACAAUUCACCUCGGUGGGAGGGCUGGGAGUGUGGAAGCUCAUGCCGAUGAUGAAGGGUGUCGGUCUGGCCGCCGUGGUGCUCUCCUUCUGGCUCAACAUUUACUACAUCAUCAUCAUAGCCUGGGCCCUCUACUAUUUGUUCAACUCCUUCGGGUCGGAGCUGCCCUGGCAAAACUGCGACAAUCCCUGGAACACGGCAAAGUGUUUCUGCAACUACAGCCUGACGGACACCACCAACCUGACCAGUGCGGUCACGGAGUUCUGGGAGCGUAACAUGCACCAGUUGUCCAACGGUCUGGAGGAGCCCGGGGAGCUCCGUUGGCCCCUGGUGGGCACCCUGGCUCUCGCUUGGGUUCUGGUCUAUUUUUCAAUCUGGAAGGGAGUGGAGUGGACGGGGAAGGUGGUGUAUUUCUCGGCGACCUAUCCCUACUUUAUGCUCUUCAUCCUGUUCUUCCGCGGGGUCACCCUCCCGGGAGCCAUCGACGGAAUCCGCUUCUACAUCACCCCUGACUUCAAGAAGCUCAUCAGCUCUGAGGUAUGGCUGGACGCCGCUACCCAAAUCUUCUUCUCCUACGGCCUAGGCCUGGGCUCGCUCAUCGCACUGGGCAGCUACAACAGCUACAACAACGACGUCUACAAGUACGGGCCGCAUUUCGACGUUGUACGCCGACGGCCAUUUUUGUUUCCCGCUGCCAAGCGCACUAUCGUCCAUUCCAGGGACUCCAUCAUCGUGUGCUGCAUCAACUCCUGCACCAGCAUGUUCGCCGGUUUUGUCAUCUUCUCCAUCGUGGGCUUCAUGUCGCACAUCACCAAGAAACCUGUUCAGGAGUUGGCCGCUUCGGGUCCUGGCUUGGCGUUCUUGGCGUACCCACAGGCGGUCACGCAGCUGCCGAUGUCGUCUCUGUGGGCCAUCCUGUUCUUCUCCAUGCUCAUGAUGCUGGGAUUGGACAGCCAGUUCUGCACGGUGGAAGGCUUCAUCACAGCUCUGAUGGACGAGUAUCCCUUAUUGCUGAGGAAGCGGAAGAAGGUGUUCAUCUUGGGGGUCUGUUUCGUGUCCUUCAUCAUCGGGUUCUCCAACAUCACACAGGGUGGCCUGUACGUGUUCAAGCUGUUUGACUAUUACUCAGCCAGCGGAAUGUGCCUCCUCUACCUCGUCUUCUUCGAGACCGUCUCCAUCGCCUGGCUUUACGGCGCCGAGAGGUUCUACAACGACAUCGAGGACAUGAUCGGCUACCGACCUUGCGUUUGGUGGAAGCUCUGUUGGAAGUUUUUCACGCCGUUCAUCUGCCUGGGUGUGUUUACCUUCAGUGCAGUGGAGAUGACGCCGCUGACUCUGGGCAAGUACGUGUACCCUGUGUGGGGGCAAACCAUUGGCUGGUUCAUGGCCUUUUCGUCCAUGGUCCUCAUCCCGGGCUACGUGGUCUACAUGCUGUGCACCACGCCAGGAUGCGUCAAGGAGCGCUGGAAGAAGAUGACGACGUCGCAGCAGGAAGUCAAGCCAUCGGGUCACGACGUUUUUACCCACACUGGGAAUGUUGGUGAAGCCCUCGUCUAGCCCACCCUUCUGUCAUCCCUGAAAUAAUAAUCAUGCCGUCACGGCGGAUUUAGUGACACUUGGAUGUAUUUUACUCGGGUGUUUUACAAUGUAGACCAUACUUGGUGUUUUUGAUGACAUAAACUGACAAAAAAAGCAACGCACGCCAUAUUUACAAUGUCAGACGCAUGUAAAUAUGUUGUCUGCAAAUCGUGUUUUUGGUGUGCUGAAUAACGUCUGGUCAUAAAAAAUAAAUAAAA